UUAUCACCGUAAAAGUUACACAUUUAAAAUUAUCUACUAAAAAAUUAAUUAAAGGUAUACAAAAAUUGAUUUUAAAAUACCAUAAUUAUAAAAAAAAUAAAAAAAAAAUAAUUCUUGAAAUCCACUCCAUCUCCAUCUCCACCCUAUUUUCCUAUUUUUAUUCGAAUUUCUCCCCAUGGAAGAAGCAGUAAGUCCGAGGCAGAGAGCGACACUGAUAAACCGUCUUCAGUCUCCCACCACCGCCUUUUUUUUGGGCUCCAGCGACGACAAACUCGAACGCGCACAGGGACGCGGAGCCGCAAGCGCAGCUGCAAUCCGCCAAACAGCUGCGGCAUCCAAUCCUCCUUCACCGCCUUCCAACUAUUGUCUCAGCAAACAGAAAAUCAUCGACUUGUUUCAGAACUGCAUUAAACUCGCCAGCGAAAAUAAAAUAAACCAGAAGAAUACUUGGGAGUUGAAGCUUAUUGAUCAUCUUAGUGAUAUCAUCAAAGUUGAUGCUGCAGAAGCUGAUUCACAGACUAAUUUCCAAAGGGCAAGUUGCACGCUGGAAGCCGGCGUGAAAAUUUACUCUGUCAGAGUGGAUGCUGUGCAUGCUGAGGCCUAUAAGGUCCUAAGUGGGAUCAAUCGAGUAGGGCAAGAAGAUGUACAUGCAGGUGGUAUUUUCUUAAUAAUCAUCUUAAAGUGCUCUGAAUACAUGAACCAGAAAUCUUACAAAAGAGGUGGGAUGUGGUAAAAUGUUGAAAUUCAGUUCUAAUGCUGAAGAGUCAAAGUAGUUGGAGUAUUGUGUGGUGGCAUCAGUGAAACCAAUAGAGUUAAUUUCCGCCC